AUGCUCGCUGGCGUGCGCGCGGCUGCCUCUGCGGGCGGGCGCCGGACGUCCCCGGCGUCGGCCGCCGCGCGGCUGGCUGCCGCCCUCGCGCGCGGCGCGCCCGCGUCUGGCGCGCCGCCGGAGCUGCCGGCGGGCCUCGCGCCGCCCCGCGCGGCGCGCUCCGCGCUCGGCGCCCUCGCGCCAGCGCGCGGCCUCUUCUCGCUGGCGCUACCCUCCACGGCGGGCCUCGCGCCCGCCCGCGCGGCGCGCCCCGCGCUCGGUGGCCUCGCGCUCGCGCGCGGCCUCGUCACGCUGGCGUUGCCCGCCACGGCGGGCCUCGCGCGCCUCCCGCCCCGUGCACCCUGCGGAGUGGCGCGGGCCCCGGCGCUCCUGGUGCCAGGCGCCGCGCCCGCCGCUCUGGGCGUCCGGCUGCUCGGCGGGGCGCCGUCCGAGAAGAAGAGGAACAAGCUGAAGAUGAAGAAGCACCGCUACAUCCGAAACGUGAAGGCCGUGCGGUACGUCUCCUGCAUCCCGCAGUACCUGGGGCCGCUAGGCCCGUGGCCGGGUUGGCUGCGCCGCCAGGGGCCGAGGGGGGGGGGGGGGCAGAAGCAGGCAAGCUCGUGUGCCACAGUGCCCCCACCAGAGGUAGAACAGCAGCCCCACUGGCCCAGCACGAUCUUGGCGGUGCGCACAUGGGGCGGUGCGAGGGGUGCGUGCCUCCUGGAAGAAUGGAUGCCUCCCAAGAAGGCCCUCCUGCCUCCCAAGGAACCUUGCCAGGAGCCACCGAUCCCUUCUGGUCAGCUCCCGAUCCCUUCUCAGAAGACCGCCCCCCUCUCGGCUCAUCUCGUUUUUGGUCGCGCCGUUGGCAAGCCGAUGUUGGCUGUUUUUCUCAGCCGUGGGGUCCCCAGACACCCGACGUCGUGAUGUUUUGCUACGAGCCCCCCAUGAGGUCUGGACACCUUCCAUGUGACCGGCUUGCCGAUAAUGGCCGGAACC